AUGUUUUUUUGGGGAAACAAGAUCAACGGUGUAACUUUCUCUGCAGCAAAAAAGACAAAAGUAUCGUUGACUCAUAGAAAGAGACUUUGGGAAGUCGCCGAGGACAACAUCACCUUCACAGAAGAGGACGUCGAUGGACUUCUAUUUCCACACAAAGAUGCCCUGCUAAAGAGGGAACUGGACCGUUUGCACAAUGAAUAUGGUGCUCCUAGUGUCUACUCAAUUAUUGAAGAAAUGCUCGCACUUACUGAAUGCAAGCGGACUUUGUCUCUACUAUUAAGGCUCAGAGGAGUUUGGUGUAAAUACAGGGUGAAGGUAAGUACUUACCCUUGUCAAGAGCGAACGAGAUCCUAUGCAAAUGAUUUGCUCAUUUGUAUUGCCAAAGCUGUUGGAAUAGCAAAUGAGCAAUCACAACUGAAGAAAGAAUUUGAAGAAUUCAAGAGAGGAACUGCAAGUAGUGAACAAGGGAAGAACCUGGCUGAGACAUUACGGAUGGAAGAGAUCAUUCUAUUACUAGGCAAGGCUGAUUUGCUUACAACUGCAGAAGAAAAACAGACAAAUUAUUUGACUAAAAGAAACUCUUUGGGUAGGCAACCAUUAGAACCUUUGCAAUCGUUUUAUUGUCCGAUUACUGGAGAUGUCAUGGAAGAUCCGGUGGAGACUUCUUCCGGGCAGAUAUUUGAAAGGGCAGCGAUUGAGAAGUGGUUAGCAGAUGGCAAUAAGCUGUGCCCCUUGACCAAAAAUCCCUUGAAAAGAUCAGAUCUCAGGUCCAAUAAAACGCUGCGUCAGUCAAUUGAAGAAUGGAAAAACAGAAAUAUCAUGGUCACGAUUGCUUCCCUAAAACAGAAAAUUCAGGCAAACGAUGAGGAAGAAGUGCUUCAAUCCUUGCAGAAGUUGCUGGAGUUUUGUGUAAGGAGUGAGCUGCAGAGAGAAUGGAUAGUGAUGGAAAAUUACAUUCCAGUAACUAUAGAUCUUCUAUCUGCAAAUAAUACUGAAAUAAGAAAGUCUGCUUUAAUGAUACUUUACGCCCUCUCAAAGGAUAGUGAAGAAGGCAAGGAAAGAAUAGGUACAGUAGAUAAUGCUAUUGGAUUGGUGGUGCGAUCCCUUGCGCGCAAGCCUGAAGAAAGCACAUUGGCUUUGCAACUGCUUUUGGAGCUAUCGAGAAGUAGUAUAGUUCGAGACUUGAUGGGCAGUGUCCAGGGUUGCAUCCUUCUACUUGUUACUUUCAUGAAUAGUGAUGACUCUGUAGUUGCAAACCAUGCAAGUGAGAUUUUAAAGAAUCUCUCUUUCCUUGAUCAGAAUGUUAUUGAAAUGGCAAGAUUAAAUUACGGUGAACCCUUGUUACAACACCUAUGUUCAGGAACUGAAAGUAAGCGUAUGUCCAUGGCCAAAACCUUGUCAGAGAUCGAGUUGAGCGACCAGAUUAAGCUGUGCCUCAUAGAAAAAGGGGCACUGAAGCCACUUCUUGAACUUCUCUCUCAUAGCAAUACAGAGAUGAAAAGUAUUGCUGUCAAAGCACUUCAAAGCCUUUCAACUGUCACACAAAAUGGUCAGCUGAUGGUUAAGGAAGGUGUCAGUGACCUGCUGUUUGAACUACUAUUUUGUCACACCUUGUCAAAUGAAAUACGGGAACAUGUUGCAGCAACAAUUAUGCAACUUGCCAUGUCAACAAAUUCGCAAAGAUCAGAGGAUGUUCAGGUUUCACUGUUGGAGUCUCUUGACGAUAUUUUUAAACUCUUUUCUCUUGUAUCGUUGACUGGAUCUAACGUGCAACAAAGCAUUCUUCGUAUCUUUCAAGCAAUGUGCCAAUCUCCUGCUGGUUCUGAUAUCCGGACUAAACUGAGACAGAUUUCCGCAAUUAAGGUACUAGUCUACCUAUGUGAACUUGAUGACCGUAAGGUACGAGCUGAUGCAGUGAAACUCUUCUAUUUAUUGGCAAAAGAUGGCAAUGAUGAUACUCUCUUAGAGCAUGUAAAUAGUACCUGCAUUGGGAACUUGGUGCAGAUCAUCAGAACUUCGGAUAAUGAAGAAGAGACUGCUGCUGCGUUGGGAAUAAUCUCCUACCUUCCUCAAGAUUGUUCAAUGUCUCAGCACCUUCUUGAUGCUGGGGCGCUUGAUGUCAUCUUAGACUGUUUACGCGGUAGAAAUGAACAUGCUUUACCAAGAAAUGAAGUUGUAGAGAAUGCUGCUGGAGCUCUUUGCCAUUUUACUCUUCCAACAAAUCCAGAAACACAAAAACAAGUUGCUGAAGCUGGUUUUAUUACUCUUCUGGUAUCCCUACUAGGGUCUGGCAGUUCCUUGACUAAAAAGAAUGCAGCCACUUGUUUAAAGCAGUUAUCAGAAAGCUCGUGUAUUCUGAGCAAGCCGGCUAGAAAAAAUUGGAUGUUAAGCUGUUGUAUUGCAUCACCGACACAUGGCUGUCCUGUGCACUUAGGAAUUUGCAGUGUUGAAUCCACAUUUUGCCUUGUAGAGGCUAAUGCUCUCAGACCCCUUGCGGAAGUGCUAGACGAACCAGAUCCUGCAGCUUCUGAAGCUUCUUUAGAUGCAAUCUUGACUAUAAUUGAAGGUGCACAACUUCAGAAUGGUUCUAAGCUACUUGCAGAAGCUAAUGCCAUUGCUCCAAUCAUAAAAUUGUUGAGCUCAUCCUCUAUCGUUUUACAAGAAAAAGCUCUCAAGGCCUUGGAGAGGAUAUUUCGAAUGAUAGAAAUGAAGCAAAAGUAUGGGAUAUCAGCGCAGAUGCCACUUGUGGAAAUCACUCAGAAAGGAAGAAAUGACAUGAAAUCUUUGGCUGCAAAAGUUCUAGCUCACUUAAAUGUACUUCCUGAACAGUCUUCCUUUUUCUAAUGCACGCUCAAAUAUUCGAAAAGCAGUAUACUCAUGAGAUGAGUAGAUCAUCUAGACUGAACUAUAGCACACUCAUGCCAUUUGUUUUUCUGUUUUACUUUUUGGAACUGUUUAGUGCUCACAUAUUUUAGAGUGGGGUCUGUCAGAUAUGAAUUCUAGCUUUGCCUUUGUAAUAUUUAAGUUUGCCGCUAGGCCUGUUGGCGUGAUGUUGUAAUAGCAGAUCUGGAGAUCAAGGGGUGAAAUUUUCGUUAUCUGCGACAGUUCUACUUA